AAGCUGGCAACUGUGUUUGUGUAUUUGUGAAAAUCUUGCGUCUGAGACUCGGAGCUCUCAGCCCCGCCUUUGAGUGCAAUUUUAUCUGCUAUAGUUAGAGUGAUGACAAAUACAUCAACAUGACCGAAAAGAUAACACUAGCCGAUGCCCUGUCCAAUGUGGAAGUGCUGGACGAGAUUCCGCUGCCCGAUGAGCAGCCAUGUAUUGAGGCCCAGCCCUGUAGCAUUAUCUACAAGGCGAAUUUUGAUACCAACUUCGAGGAUCGCAAUGGAUUUGUUACAGGCAUUGCCAAAUACAUCGAAGAGGCGACUACGCACGCAAAUUUGAACGUUCUCCUGGACGAGGGACAGAAGCAUGCCGUCAUGCUUUACACCUGGAGGUGUUGUUCCCGAGCAAUUCCACAGCCCAAAUCCAAUGAGCAGCCAAAUCGCGUUGAGAUUUACGAGAAAACCGUAGAUGUUUUAGCACCGGAAGUGAAUAAACUGCUCAACUUCAUGUAUUUCCAACGAAAAGCAAUUGAAGCGUUCUCCGGAGAGGUGAAGCGUUUGUGUCAUGCCGAGAAACGCAAGGAUUUCGUAUCGGAGGCGUAUCUGUUGACGCUUGGCAAAUUCAUUAAUAUGUUUGCGGUCCUGGACGAGCUGAAGAACAUGAAGUCCAGUGUAAAGAACGAUUAUUCCACGUAUCGACGUGCAGCGCAGUUCCUGAAAGUGAUGUCCGAUUCGCAUACGCUGCAGGAGUCGCAGAACCUGUCCAUGUUCUUGGCCACACAAAACAAAAUACGUGACACUGUUAAGGAUACCCUGGAGAAGAUCGUUGGGUACGAGGAUCUGCUCUCCGACGUGGUCAACAUCUGUGUGCACAUGUUUGAGACGAAAAUGUAUUUGACACCCGAAGAGAAACAUAUGCUUGUCAAAGUCAUGGGCUUUGGACUUUUCCUCAUGGACAGCGACGCGUGCAACAUUAACAAGUUGGAUCAGAAAAAAAAGAUACGCCUCGAUCGCAUUGAUCGAAUCUUCAAGAACUUGGAGGUGGUGCCCCUCUUUGGCGACAUGCAGAUCGCCCCCUUCAACUACAUAAAGCGUAGCAAGCACUUUGAUUCCAGCAAAUGGCCGCUUUCCAGCUCGAAUGCUAUCAGCCCACAAGCUGAUUUAAUGGUGCACCUGCCGCAGAUUCGCGAGGAUCAUGUCAAGUACAUCUCCGAACUGGCGCGUUACACCAACGAGGUGACCACCACCGUCAAAGAGAAUCCAUCUGAUGCUGAGAAUCGCAUAACCGCCGAUUUGGCACUUCGCGGCCUACAGCUGCUCUCGGAAUGGACCAGUGUGGUCACUGAGCUGUAUUCCUGGAAGCUCCUGCACCCCACAGACCAUCACCAGAACAAGGAUUGUCCUGUGGAGACGGAGGAAUAUGAACGCGCCACUCGAUACAAUUACACAUCGGAGGAGAAGUUUGCAUUAAUCGAGGUCAUCGCUAUGAUCAAGGGCCUGCAGGUGCUCAUGGCCCGCAUCGAGACGGUGCUCUGCGAGGCAAUCCGACGCAACAUCUACUCCGAGCUGCAGGACUUUGUGCAGCUGACACUGCGCGAACCUCUGCGCAAGGCGGUCAAGAACAAGAAGGAUCUUAUUCGCAGCAUCAUCAUGUCCGUGCGAGAAACAUCCGCCGAUUGGCAAAAGGGCUACGAGCCCACCGAUGAUCCUGUUUCCAAGGGCAAAAAGGAUCCAGAUGGCGGCUUUCGUAUACAUGUGCCCCGGCUCAAUGUUGGACCCUCCUCCACCCAGCUGUACAUGGUGCGCACCAUGUUGGAGUCGUUGAUUGCGGACAAGAGCGGCGGGAAGCGUACGCUCCGCAAGGACAUCGAUGGCAACUGCCUCAUGCAGAUAGAUACGUUCCACAAGACAUCCUUCUAUUGGAGCUACUUGCUCAACCUAAGCGACACCCUUCAGAAAUGCUGCGAUCUGUCGCAGCUGUGGUAUCGUGAGUUCUACCUAGAAAUGACCAUGGGCCGUAAGGUGAACAAGUGCAUGGUGCGGCAUCAGCACAACGAGGAAUGCAAGGAUUUGAUUACGAUGGAGAAACGUAUACAGUUUCCCAUUGAAAUGUCAAUGCCGUGGAUUCUAACCGAUCACAUACUGCAGACCAAGGAGCCCUCAAUGAUGGAAUUUGUCUUGUAUCCCUUGGACUUGUACAACGAUUCGGCCCAUUAUGCGCUCACUGUCUUCCGUAAGCAAUUCCUCUACGAUGAGGUGGAGGCCGAGGUCAACUUAUGUUUUGACCAGUUUGUCUACAAGCUAAGUGAGCAGAUCUUUGCCCACUACAAGCAGCUGGCAGGCAGCAUUUUCUUAGAUAAACGUUUUCGGCUUGAGUGCGAAGUACUUGGGUUUAAUUUUCAAUCAUAUCCACGCAAUAAUCGCUACGAUACGCUGCUUAAGCAACGACACGUUCAGUUAUUGGGACGUUCUAUUGAUCUAAACAAGUUGAUCACACAACGCAUUAAUGCAAACAUGCACAAGAGCAUCGAAUUGGCCAUCAGUCGCUUUGAGGGCAACGACAUUACUGGAAUUGUGGAACUUGAAGGUCUUUUGGAGGCUAACCGCAUUUGCCACAAAAUGCUUAGCAAGUACUUGGCCUUAGACAACUUUGACGGCAUGGUUAAAGAGGCUAAUCAUAAUGUCUUGGCACCUUAUGGUCGCAUCACAUUGCACGUAUUUGUGGAAUUGAACUAUGAUUUUUUGGUCAAUUAUUGCUACAAUGCGGCCACAAAUCGCUUUAUUCGCACCAAGGUCAAUUUAUCAUCGUCACAGGCAAUACAGCGGGAAAAGCCACCGCAGAUGUCGCAUUACUAUUUGUGGGGCUCAAAGCAAUUGAAUGCUGCCUAUUCCACACAAUAUGGCCAGUACACUGGCUUUGUGGGAGCUCCGCAUUUCCAUGCCAUGUGUCGCUUGUUGGGCUACCAGGGCAUUGCUGUCGUCAUGGACAUUAUUUUGAAAGACAUUGUCAAGCCACUAAUACAAGGCUCGUUGCUGCAAUUUACCAAAACGCUUAUGAUUGCCAUGCCCAAGUCUUGCAAGCUGCCACGUUGCGAGUACGGCUCUCCCGGCGUCCUCAGCUACUAUCAGGCGCAUCUGACGGACAUUGUGCAAUAUCCGGAUACUAAAACGGAACUCUUUCAGUCGUUUAGAGAGUUUGGCAACUGCAUCAUCUUUUGCCUGCUGAUCGAGCAGGCUUUGUCGCAGGAGGAGGUGUGCGAUCUGCUGCAUGCAGCGCUCUUUCAAAACAUCUUUCCACGCCCAUUCUGCAAAGAGAACGAAAAGCCGGAGGCCAAGCAAAAGCGUCUUGAAGCCCAAUUUGCCAACCUACAAAUUGUUUCCAAUGUUGAGAAAAUUGGCACAGCCAAGCAAGCAAUGAUCGCUCGAGAAGGUGACCUGUUGACUCGCGAGCGUCUCUGUUGCGGCCUGAGCAUAUUUGAGGUGAUACUAAAUCGCGUUAAGAGCUAUUUGGAUGAUCCUGUUUGGUGUGGACCGCCUCCCGCCAAUGGCAUAAUUCAUGUAGACGAGUGCUCCGAGUUUCAUCGUCUAUGGUCCGCCUUACAGUUUGUCUACUGUAUUCCCGUGCGCGGCACUGAGUACACCAUCGAGGAGUUGUUCGGAGAGGGCCUUAACUGGGCUGGCUGCGUAAUGAUUGUGCUGCUUGGUCAACAGCGUCGAUUUGAAGCUUUGGACUUUUGCUAUCAUAUCUUGCGAGUGCAGCGCGUCGAUGGCAAGGAUGAGGAUGUCAAAGGCAUUCAAUUGAAACGGAUGGUGGAUCGCAUAAGACGCUUCCAAGUAUUAAACUCACAAAUUUUCUCAAUCCUAAACAAAUAUCUAAAGGGUGGCGACGGUGAGGGUUCAAAUGUGGAACACGUGCGCUGUUUUCCGCCCCCACAGCAUCCCUCGGUUAUAUCAUCGUCGUCACACUAUCAGGAUCCACAAAAGCUGCGGCAGAGCAUGAACAAUUGAGAAUAACCGUCGAUGCAUUUAAGUUAAACGUAAACACUUACUCUCUAAUAUUUAACCACAACUAUAAUCUAUCCACACACUAUUUGCGGGCUUCUAUCUAAGCGAUUCAAAUAUUGCGACGAGUGGCCUGAGAAAUACAUUCGAUUUUAUUACAA